CGCGCGGCCCUGCCUCUUCCGGCGCCGCUGGAGGGCCGCCCGCACUACGACUCCCGGCCUGCCCCGCGGCUUCGUCCGGCGAGCGAUGGCGGCGAGGCUGCCUGCGGUCCUGCGGGCGUUCCCCGGGCGGCGCGGGGCGGCGGCGGCGGCUCUGACGGGGUCUGGGGGCGGCGCGGGCGGCCCUCGCGGAGAGCGGCGCUCGCCUUUCCCCUCCCUGCGGUGGGCGGCGGCGGGCGGGGCGGCGGCGGGGGCGGCGCUGGGGCUGCUGCUGAGCGGGGCGGCCGGCGAGGAGCGCCCGCGGCUGCCGGUCCUGAGCGCCGCCGUGCCGGCCCCCCCGCCGCGCUCCCCGCGCAGCACCUACAACUUCAUCGCGGACGUAGUGGAGCAGACGGCGCCGGCGCUGGUCUACAUCGAGAUCCUGGGCAGGUGGGCGCCGGGGGGGCUCGGCGGGGGGGGGUCCGAACGCCGCUCAUUUCUGCUCCCCCCCCGCAGGCACCCCUUCUCGGGCCGGGAGGUGCCCAUCUCCAACGGGUCGGGCUUCGUGGUGUCGGCGGACGGGCUGGUGGUGACCAACGCGCACGUGGUGGCCAACCGGCGGCGGGUGCGGGUGCGGCUGGCCAGCGGGGAGCUCUACGACGCGGUGGUGCGGCAGGUGGACCAGGUGGCCGACAUCGCCACGCUGAAGAUCAGCCCCAAGCACCCGCUGCCGACGCUGCGCCUGGGCCGCUCCUCCGAGGUGCGGCAGGGGGAGUUCGUGGUGGCCAUGGGCAGCCCCUUCGCCCUGCAGAACACCAUCACCUCGGGCAUCGUCAGCUCUGCCCAGCGCGGAGGCCGGGAGCUGGGCCUGGCGUCCUCCGACAUGGAGUACAUCCAGACGGACGCCGCCAUCGACUUUGGGAACUCCGGGGGCCCCCUGGUCAACCUGGAUGGGGAAGUGAUUGGUGUGAACACCAUGAAGGUCACACCCGGGAUCUCUUUCGCCAUUCCCUCUGACCGUCUGCGAGUCUUCCUGGAGCAGGAGCAGAAGCACAAGGAGUCCUGGUUCGGGGGCUCCGAGGGCAAGCGCCGCUACAUCGGGGUGAUGAUGCUGACCUUGACUCCCAGCAUCCUGUCAGAGCUGAAAGGGAGGAACCCAUCCUUCCCUGAUGUCUCCUAUGGAGUGCUCAUCCAUAAGGUCAUCGUGGGCUCCCCAGCUCAUCAGUCGGGUUUAAAAGCAGGAGAUGUGAUAACAGAGAUCAACGGGAGGGCAUCCCGACGGGCAGAAGACAUCUACGAAGCCGUGCGGACCCAGAGCCGCUUGACUUUGCAGGUCCACCGUGGCUACGAGGUGCUCUUGCUGACCAUCACCCCAGAAGUCACAGAAUAGGGGAAUCAAAGCAGGACUCAGCACACGCACGCACCCACAGCCCCAAAGGCUCACUCUGUUGAGUCACCAGCAUGCUGGGUCGCUGCUCCCCAUGGCAGGGAGAUGGAUGGGACCUGGCUGGACUGGCACAGAGCCCUUGUUCCUCUGGCGGCCCCUUCAUUCCGCUCCUCUGGAGAAGGGGCAGGGAGCUCGGGCUGCUGUCUCCAGGAGCCUUUAGCGGAGAACCUGCGUCUGUCCGGCCUUUAGAACGUAAGGCUGCCCCUGGACACGCUUACGCUACCCCCGGCUGGACGACGGGCAAGCAGGAGGUGUUGCUGGGGGGGGGGGAGAAGCUUCCUGGACUGCAGCCUGUCCCUUGGGGGGGGCACUCUGCCUGAGGUAUUCUUAAGCCCUGUAAUCCAGGCGUUUGGGACCCCGGUGGGCCCAUCCUUGAGGAGGUGACAGGAAUCUUUGCCCUGCGUGCCAGAGAAGCCUGAGCCCCUUUCUAUGGGCUCUGAAAGAGAAGCUGGGGAGCCUCAACCAAGAGCAGCAGCUCUGCGGCCAGAAGGAUGCCAUACUUUGCGCCAGCCUAUCCCAUCCGCAGAGACUUCCUCCGGGCUGGGGAUGUUGGGAGCUGGAGUCCAGCCGUUGUGGCAGCUGUGAACUUUGGAAAACCCGAUGUAAGGAUUGGGAGUGCGUGGCUGAAGUCAAUUACAUUUUCCAAGCCA